CACGACAGAGUUUCCUCCCGCAAGGAAGGAACAGCUUCUUGUUUUCUGUGUCUUAUCUCACAUUCUGACUGUCAUAGAUAAACCAACCAGGAAAAGAGUUUCCACGUAUUAAGCAGCAACUGUCCUGUCUUUACUUCUUUCUUUAGGACGAGAGAUGUCCCCAUUCCUACGUAUAAGCCUCUCCAAUUUCGAUGUCGGACCUUACGUUCAAUCGUCUGGGGAACCGAUAAUGAGACCCUACUGUGCUGUUAUUGUAAAAGAAGCUGUUGAAACAGAAAAUGGCAAAGUAUUUGUUCAGAAGAAGCCGACCAUGUACCCUCCAUGGGAAAGUUCUUUCGACACUCACAUAAAUAAAGGAAGAGUUAUGCACAUCAUUGUGAAGGGGAAAAAUGAAGGGGUUUUCUCAGAAACCACCAUAGAACUUAACUCACUGGCAGAACGAUGCAAGAAAAACAGUGGCAAGAUGGAGAUAUGGAUAGAACUGAAACCACAAGGAAGGAUGAUAAUGAAUGCAAGAUACUUCCUGGAGCAGUCUGAUCCUAAAGAACAUUAUUAUGAAUCUGAUUCAGACAAUGAAUUUUAUUUACAUCAGCGACGUGGAGCCAUCAAGCAGGCGAAAAUUCACCAGGUCAAGCGUCAUGAGUUCACAGCAACUUUCUUCCCACAACCUACGUUCUGCUCUGUCUGCCAUGAAUUUGUUUGGGGCCUGAACAAACAAGGAUACCAAUGCAGGCACUGCAAUGCAGCAAUUCACAAGAAAUGUAUUGAUAAAGUUAUAGCAAAAUGCACAGGAUCUGCCAUCAACAGCAAGGAAACUAUGCUAAAUAAAGAAAGAUUUAAGAUCGACAUGCCACAUAGAUUCUCAGUCUACAGUUAUAGAAGCCCAACAUUCUGUGAGCACUGUGGGACGCUUUUAUGGGGUAUUUCAAAGCAGGGAUUAAAGUGUAUUGAGUGUGGCAUGAAUGUUCAUCAUAAAUGCCAAAAUAAAGUUGCAAAUCUAUGCGGCGUUAACCAAAAAAUGAUGGCGGAAGCCCUGGCAAUGAUAGAGAGCACCCAAAAGGAUAAACGACAACGAGAUUCUGAGCCCAUAUACAGAGAAAGGCCUCUUGAAGUUGUAUCACCAAACAAGAAACAAAAUCUGUCUCCAAUACAACCAGUAAGAAAAGAAUCACAGGGGAUUUCAUGGGAGACACCAGCUGACGAAACAGAAUCUCCAGAAUACGGUGUAUUGAGAACGUGUAACUCAUCUGGAGUAUCAAGGACAAGUGAUAGCCAUGAUGUAUUGAGGACAUGCAACUCUGGACUAAAUACAUCUAGCACAUCAGGAGUAUGGAGGGAAAGCAAUAGUGUGCGGGGCAUAAACAAUAACCUUUGUGGACUGUCGAUAAAUGAGGACUAUGGUGUACUGAAGACACAAAGAACCAUUAACCACAUCAAACUGACUUUUAAUGACUUUGUCCUUCAUAAAAUGCUGGGAAAGGGCAGCUUCGGAAAGGUGUUCCUCGCAGAACUGAAGAACACAAAUCAGUUCUUUGCCAUGAAGGUCCUGAAGAAAGAUGUGGUCCUUAUGGAUGAUGACGUUGAGUGCACCAUGGUGGAAAAGAGGAUUCUUUCUCUUGCCUGGGAGCAUCCGUUCCUGACUCAUCUUUACUGUACAUUCCAAACCAAGGAGAAUCUGUUUUUUGUGAUGGAGUAUCUGAAUGGAGGAGACCUCAUGUUUCACAUACAGACCUGCCACAAGUUUGACCUUGAUAGAGCAACAUUCUACGCAGCUGAAAUUGUUUGUGGCCUUCAGUUCCUUCAUUUGAAAGGCGUAGUGUACAGAGACUUGAAGCUAGAUAACAUUUUGUUGGACAUGGAGGGGCACAUAAAAAUAGCUGACUUUGGAAUGUGCAAGGAGAACAUGUUUGGGGAGGCUAAGACCAGCACUUUCUGUGGAACACCUGAUUACAUUGCUCCUGAGAUUUUGCUGGGACAGAAAUAUAAUUAUGCGGUUGACUGGUGGUCGUUUGGCGUGCUGCUAUAUGAGAUGUUGAUUGGCCAGUCUCCUUUUCAUGGAACUGAUGAAGAUCAACUGUUCCAGUCUAUACGAAUGGAUGACCCAGUGUAUCCUCGUUUUCUCAGCGUGGAAGCAAGAAACAUUUUAGUUAUGCUUUUUGUAAGGGAACCAGAGACAAGAUUGGGAGUGAAGGGAAAUAUCCGCCAACAUUGCUUCUUCCAACACAUUGACUGGGAAAAGCUGGAGAAAAGAAAAAUGGAGCCACCGUUUAAGCCUAAAGUGAAAUCGCCAAACGAUUGCAGUAACUUUGAUAAGGAAUUCUUAAACGAAAAACCAAGAUUAUCAAGCACAGAUGCAAUGUUGAUUAACAGCAUGGACCAAAAUAUGUUCAAACAUUUUUCAUUUAUAAACCCCAAAAUGGAAUCAGUAUUUUGAGAUUAUCUGGAAUUCUCUCCUAAAUUUUGGAAUUCUAGAGGGAAAAAAAAAUAUGACAAGAACACUGUAAAUUCAUUUGAGAGUACUCAUACUUUCAACACUGUUAUGACUCUACAAAUAAAGUCUUAUGGCCGGGAAUAUUAUAGGUAAGAUUAUUUACUGGACAUUAUUAUGCUGUAAAAGUGUAAGGAGAGUUGACAAAGAAUUAAAGACAUCAAGAUUGGUCAUUUAACCAGGUGGCAUCAGCAAUACUGGGGUAGAUGUUUUUAAUCAUGUAAAAAAGGCUUACUAUGUUUUAUAGAAAUAAAGGUAAGAAAUAUAA